CAGCUCAGCUGAUGCCUCAGUCUGAGCUUGCGUAGCGGAUGUCAAGCUAGCCGUUAGGGAGCUAGUUAGCGGUUAGCUGUACCGCUCGGUUCGUAAAAUCAUAUGUUUGUUGUUUCAACAGCAACGUUAAAUGUCUUAGGUGUAGCUGAGAAAUUGGUGAUAAAUGUCUACAGUGUGAGAAAGCGGUGGUGGUGGUUUUGCGGCCGUGUGUUUGUGGUUGAAUUGACUCUGCAGGGGAAGAUGUGCAAUGGAAUGAUAGAGUCUAUACCAAAAGCCUUUUGGGCCCACACCUCAGCCACUAAACGGUCUUUCUCGUUGUUGCUGGUACUCACUGCAGUGUCCGCUGGGCAAGGGUCAGGAUGUGUGAGGCCAUAUAUGGUCCAGAACAGCUGGGUAAACCUCACAGAAACCAACAGGGGCUCGUUCCCUGUGGGCACUGUGCUACAGUACAGCUGUGACCCCGGUUACCUGCCAGACGGACCUAGCAUCCUCACCUGCAACACACCGGGACGCUGGUCCUCUGACCCCCCUCACUGUAUACGCAGUGGUGCAUGUCUACCCCUCUCAAAACCCGAGAAUGGAGGCUACAUCUGUCAUCCAUCCCCCUGUCGAAUGUUUUCUCAUGGCACUGUGAUUGAGUUCUUCUGUGAUGAGGGUUUGGUUCUCAGUGGAGACUAUAACUACCUGACCUGUCAGGAUGGACAGUGGGACGGCCCCAUGCAGAUCAGUUGUGUCAGCCAAGGUUGUGUAAGACCCUCUACGGUGCAGCAUGGCUCAACUAAUCUGACAGACACCAACAGAAGCUUGUUCCCUGUGGGCACGGUGCUGCAGUACAGCUGUGACCCCGGUUACCUGCCAGAUGGACCUAGCAUCCUCACCUGCACCACACUGGGACGGUGGUCUUCUGAACCUCCUCACUGUGUACGCAGUGACGGCUGUGUAAGACCCUCUACGGUGCAGCAUGGCUCAACUAAUCUGACAGAAACCAACAGAAGCUCGUUCCCUGUGGGCACGGUGCUGCAGUACAGCUGUGACCCCGGUUACCUGCCAGAUGGACCUAGCAUCCUCACCUGCACCAUACUGGGACGGUGGUCUUCUGAACCUCCUCACUGUAUACGCAGUGACGUAUGCCAGCCUCCAUAUCAGCCAGAGAACGGGGGCUACACCUGCCACCCCUCCACAUGUGAAAGACUCACUCAUGGCACUGUGAUUGAAUAUUUCUGUGAUGAAGGCUAUAUUCUUAAGGGAGACUAUAAAUACCUUACCUGUCAGUAUGGGGAAUGGGACAGCCAAGUGAAGCUCAGCUGCCUCAUGGAGCAAGAUCGCAAUCCAACUUUACCAUUGGGGAUGCCCGCCUUGUCAAUAGUGGCAUCCACAGCCAGUUCAGUGGCCCUAAUCUUGCUCCUGGUGGUGCUGUUUGUACUUCUGCAGCCAAAAAUCAAGUCCCUCCAUCGACGGGACCAGGGUGUGUCCGGCCAGCCUGUGUCAAUCAUGGUGGAAGGAGUCCAGGUGACUCUGCCCUCGUAUGAGGAGGCUGUGAGUAGUAGUGGGGCCUCAGCCAACAGCUCAGAGUCUCGAGUCCAGAUAGUCCUGUCUGAGGGCCAGCAUGCCACAGCGCCAGAGGCUGGCCCCUCUAGGCCUUUAUCCCUCAAACAACAGCAGUCGGAGAUGGCUGUGGUCCACCCUGUACCGCUGUCCUCAUCCUCCUCGUCACCCUCGCCCUCAUCCUCUACCUGGGUUCUGGAGCACGUAGGUGCUGCAGCCCCUUCAUCCUCACAAGAAAGGCCGUCUGCAGGCAGCGACCAACACAGCCUGUCUCUGGACUCUGAGAUGGACUACUCUGAUGAUAUGCCGUUGCUGAAGGAGGCCUGAAAAAAGCUGCAGCCUUUUGACUUUCCCGAGACCACCAGCAUUAUUACUGAGCUGUACCGGUGACCGGGAUGCCAUUUGAAGAGGCCCUGAGUGAAGCUGUGGGUCGCUCAGAAUAGUUCCUCUGACCAUCUCAAAGGAGAACAGAGAAGGGAUUCACAUGUACAUACAUGCUUUUAUUGUUUGGUUUUUUUUUUUUUUAUAGGAAUUCCUUCACUAUGUAUGUACAGCUACAGACUGAAUGAAUGGGCAAAGCUGCUCAUUUUGGGAGCUAAAUAUCUCAUCAGUGUCUUGUUUUGUCUCAUUAUUUAAGGUGUUAUUAAUCAUGACUCAUGCCAUUUCAUACAUCACUGUACAGUUUAAGGCUUCUUGUCCACCCAUGAGUUUCACUCUGCUGCAUAUUUCAUUGGACUGAGGGCAAACACUUUAAGAGACUUGUUGUUUCAGGCCUGUAUUCAGCACAUUUCAUCCUUGCAAAGAGUUCACAUGUAUUCUCUUCAUACUCAUACCCUUGCCCCAAUGGCCUUAGCUUUCCACUUCUAUGCACAGGUAUCUAUAAUAUGUCAAAUAAGGAAUUUCAAAAAUGAAUGUCAGUUAAAUGCCUCCACUGCUUAGUGUAAUAUGUGUGGCUUUGUCAGACACAUCACUUGUACACCAGAAAAUAUUGUUCUUUUUAAUUUAUGCAGGCUGCUUGGAAAUUUCUAUUUUUAAGUCUUGGAAACUGAAAUGUGUAUUUAAUUUAUUUGUGUCCAGAACGCUGUUGACCAGCUUUGGCUUUUUUUUUAAUGCUUCCACAGCUCUUAGAAAUGUAGUUCUUUUCACUUUGCCUCUUCCAUUUUAACUCUACUGCAGGCACGUUAUGUGACACUGUAAACAUGGUUGUGAAGAUCCAACACAAAAAUGAGUAAGUGUACAGAUUAGUGUAAUGUCUGUGUUCGCUUUGUUUGACUGUCCAUUGAAUUUACUUUUGGACUGAGGAAUGGAUUAGUUUUUGUUUGUGAAGAUGGUAUUUUAAUAUAUGUAAAAAGUUUUAAGUUAAGUUUACUCUGUAUAUACCAUGUGGCCAUUUUGAUUAAAUAUUAUUUGAGGUGUUCAAA